AUGACCAAGUUGCGGAAACGAGCUCGGUUACUGGCUCAUCUUAAUAAACCUGGUGAAACGUAUAUCGCUGCUCGGGGCGGGUCUGGUGGGAAAGGCAACGCUUUCCUAGCAACUGCUAUUUGCUCCCCGUCUUCCGCUACCUCUGGUUCUCCAAAAUCGUCCACACAUGGCUUAAUCCCUAAAUCAUUUCAGUCUCCCAUGCCAACAGAUCUCUUGUGCUUUCAGAAGGCACCCGGACUCCAUUCUAUUCGUUCUAGCCAAGUUAGAUUUGCUGAGACCGGCUCGCCAGGAGAAAAGUUGCGUCUUCUGCUUCGGCUACACAAAAUAGCUCAGCUCGGCUUCGUCGGUGCUCCAAAUGUUGGCAAAUCGACCUUGCUACGCCGACUGACUCGGGCCAGACCUCGGGUUGCGGAUUUUCCAUUCACUACCCUGCGCCCUCAUCUCGGUAUUCUCUAUCUCCAGCCCGAGGCCCCUGCCUCAUCUAGGACAAACAAAAGACAAGCAAAAUCAGACAACAAAAUGGAUCGGGAUUCAGAUCUUAUUAAUCUUACCGUUACAGAUUUUUGCCUUACGUCACAAGAUUAG